AUGACCAAGCUCUUCGUGAUUAUUGGCGUUACUGGCACACAGGGGUCCUCUAUUGCUAGACAAUUUCUGGAUUUGCCCGGUUGGAAAGUCCGAGGUAUCACCAGAAACCCGUCUAGUCAAAAUGCUUUGCAUUGGGUGGCUGAGGGCGUUGAGAUCGUGAAAGGCGACCUAGAUGAUACAGCUUCUCUCCGAGCCGCCUUUCAAGGGGCCAACGCCAUAUUUGCAAACACCGAUUUCUUCAGCCACAUGUUCGAUGGCACACACGGGCCUGAUACGGCGUUGCAGUACGCUUUCGACAGGGAAGUUGAACAGGGGAUGAAUGUUGCACAUGCUGCGUCUGAUCCUAGCGUCCUCGGAACACUGGAACACUUUGUGUACUCGUCACUUAGCGAUGCCUCACGGUGCAGUGGAGGGAAAUACACCACGGUAUAUCACUUUGACUCAAAGGCCAGGACCAUGGACUUGAUCAAAAGUCAGUGUCCGGAGCUGGCUAAGCGUAUGAGUGCCCUGCAAAUGGGCCACUACGUCACAAACUGGAAAGCUGUACCAGCGAUGGCUCCGAAGCGGCAACCGGAAAAAGAUACGGGAGCAUUUGUCAAGGCAUUACUGGAUGUUCCUCCCGGGAAGACUCUCAUCGGUGUAUCUGAGAUGAUGACCUUUUCGACGUGGAUGGAAAUUUGGGGACGUGUAUUAGAUGUCCAGGCUGCUUACCAAGAAGUGUCCCCUGGUGACUUCUACAAGGACUUCCCAGAGCCACUUGGCCAAGAGUUGAUGGACACGAAUGAGUACAUGAUUGAGUUUGGAUACACUGGUGGAGAUCCUGAAGUCGUGUAUCCAAACGAGUUGGACCCGAAUAUCAAGACGACCUCCAUGGAGGAAUACACCAAAGGCGAAGACUGGUCUAGCGUGCUGAGCGAGCAGUAA